GAAGAAGGGAGCGGUUAGAGGUGGGAGUUGGCGCUGCGGAGCGGGCGGGGGCCGCGGAAGCUGAGAUGUGGAGGUGCCCGCGGCGGUGACCCUAACUGCCGCCCGACAUGAACUCGCUGGAGCAGGCAGAAGAUCUCAAGGCUUUUGAGAGGAGACUUACUGAAUAUAUUCAUUGUUUGCAACCUGCCACUGGACGUUGGAGAAGUAAGUUCCUGAAUUUUUUGCUUCUUAUUGUGGUAUCUGUCUGUACAGCUACUGGUGCUUGGAACUGGUUAAUAGAUCCUGAGACACAAAAGGUUUCCUUCUUCACGUCAUUAUGGAAUCAUCCAUUUUUCACCAUUAGCUGUAUAACUCUAAUAGGCUUGUUCUUUGCUGGAAUACACAAGAGGGUAGUUGCACCAUCAAUUAUAGCUGCUCGAUGUCGAACAGUAUUAGCAGAGUACAAUAUGUCUUGUGAUGAUACAGGAAAACUAAUUUUGAAACCUAGGCCUCAUGUUCAAUGACAAUCUGCACUCAUUGUUAUGGGACCUAAAACAGCCUUUCUUCAAAUAAGUGAUACCGCAAAAAGCCAUAAAGGACUCCUUUGCAGUUGGAUAUGUGAAGGUCGUAGCAGCAAUUGACAAGUGUGCAAUAUUACCCGGAUUAUCUUGAUGAUAAUGACUCACGUUAUCAGUGCUUUGGUACCUUUGAUUACCUGUGUUUCAGUAUUAGUGUCACUUUAGUACUUCAGAUCCUGCAAAGAUUUUUGCAGAUGAAGUAUGUAUGUAUGUUACUAAGUUCAACUUAGAAACAAAACCUCAUUCAGUUUUUAUAAUGUAUUUUUGCAAACUACUGUAAAUAGCAAAUCAAUGCCAAUGUUAAAGAGGAAAAUGUUGUAUGGACUUUGUUCUCCUGCACCAGUAUUUCAGGAACAUCUGCUUGCCAUCCCACACUCUGUAAGACCGGCUAUUAUGUGUGCCUUUCAUUCCUACACUUCUCUGUUAAUCAUACUGCAGGACAAACGUCGGAUUCAUGAGGAAAACUCAUCUCCAUUAUGUUUUAAGAAAUUACAGAUGUUUUGAGAAACACUUUUAGUUAAACUAGAUAUUGAACUCCAGCAACUAUUGUGGUUAUAUUUUUCAGUUUAUUGUUUUCAUUUAAUACUAAAUACCCUUUAUAUUUUUUUAAUAAUUUUAAGAACACCCCCGAAGGUUUGUGAAUAUGUGAGUUUAUUUGUAAAUUAUGUGUUGUCUGGGAAUUUUAUGGUCACUGUUUUACAUAACUGGAUUCCAUGCUGUGGUAGACAUGCUGUUACACUGGUAUUGCACAGGCGUAACUGAGCAUCCUGCCCCAUCAACAGGAUAACACGGGAGCCGAACCACAAACUAGUCUACAGUUCUCACUGUUCAGAGCGUGUUAAUGACAUACUGUGUAUGCAUAAUAGCCACAUGUACUAUAAUAGCUAUUAAAGUUAAACUAUUGGGAUUGCUGUAAAUAUUUUAAGUACUGGAGGUGCCUUUUAUCUGUUUAUUAAAAGAUUUUGAAAAGGUUUAAAUUAUUUCAUGAGCAAUCUUUUAAAUUUCAUUUAACAAAGUUGAAAAUUCAAUAACAAGACAAAAACUUUUUUUAAAGGCUGCCACUUGAAACGUGUUCAUCUUAGCUUUCACAUGUACAGAUUUUAUUCUUUGAACUGCAGCAAUAAAACCCUCUGCUCCUAAGAAGUCUUAAAGGGGGUAUUCUGUAUUUUGCUUUUAUUUUCUGUAAAUUUUAGGUAAAUAUGUGCAUACAAAUAAAUACUUUAUAUAUAA